UAUUUCCGUUUACGGCCGCGCCAAAAUCUAAAACAAAAAUGGCCGGCGUUUGUUGACACUAUCUUGAGAGUCAGAAUUUCUGUUUGCAGAUUGAAGGCUGAAAAGAAGUGUCGUUUGCCAUCAACCAGAGUUCCUUCUGGAGAUGCGACGGCAACAGCCCUAGAGGAAGGUAAAUACGCCAGCAAGAAUGAAGAAGUGGGGCGAGCGUCUAAAGAAGGUUGAGCAGUUGGCCGAGAACUUCCAUCACAAUCCCGUGAUCCCGCGCUACAAGCCACGGCUUUGGCCCUGCCAGCCUUCCUCUGUCUGGAAACUGUUCUAUCGGCAAAAUGUUGCCAUCGGCUUUGCUCAAAGUUGCAAGGAGCCUGUGCAUGUCUUUGCAUUGGAAAAAGAGAAUGCGCCCUGGGGUCAAAGGAUAUUCCUGGUGACCAGUUACAGUGAACUGUGGCACUAUUACAGGUAAAGAUGUACUUUGUGACCACAAUAAACGACUCCCCAA